AUGUCCGCGCUGCGCGUGCACCGUGUGCCGAAUGUACGGCGGAGGGGGCGCGGACGCUGCGGCUGGACGGGGACGCCGAUGUUGGGAUGUUAUCCCGUCUCUGUGUCGGGGGCUCGAGGCCUGGGCGCUUCUUUUCUCGGUUGUUUUGAGGGUUUUUCCUCUCCUUCUCCGGGGAGCCCCUUUUCCAGAGAUCUGUACCCCGCUCUGAUAAAGCGUUCUGCAGUCUGUGCUGUGCUUUCCGGGGUGUCCGCCUCCUAUGUGGGCGCCGCGCGGGCGCGGCCCGGUUUGGGGAAAAGGGGCGCGGGUCGGGACAGGCGGGAGCGGCCGCGUUCCGCCCCCGGCACGGGGCUGUCCCGCCUUCUGCCUGCACCCACCCCGCCGCACCAGCGGCUCCGGCGCAGACAGGCGGGCGGCGGGGCAGCCUGGUGCGCUGAGGCCCCGCGAGGCCCCGGGGCGGAGCCGCCGCUGCCGAUGGGCUCCGGGUCGCGCAGCCCGGCCCGAGGAGGCCGCUCGGAGCGGGAAAGGGACCGCGACCGGGAAAAGGAACGAGACCGGGACCGAGAGAGAGAGCGAGAUCGGGGGCGCUCGCGGUCCGGGAGCCGCGGGCGGCGGCACCGGAGCAAGAGCCGGAGCCGGAGUCGGGGCCGACGCCGGGAGCUGAGCUCGGGCUCGGAUUCCGGCGAUGAGAGACAGAAAUGGAAAAAGAAGAAAAGAAGCAGCAGUCGGGACCGGCACCGUAAGGACCGGAGGAAACAGCGCUCACGGUCCCGGGGCCGCUCCUCCGGCUCCAGCCCGGAGUGUGGGCGGGACAGGGCAGCGCGGAGCCGGGAGCGGCGCCGCAGGCGGGAUGGAUCCAAGUCCUCCGUGUCCUCCGUCAGCUCCCCCUCCCCGCCGCGGCCCCGGGGCCGGGAGGAGCCGGGGCAGCAGCUGAGCCUGCAGGAGCGGCUGAGGCUGAGGGAGGAGAAGAAGAAACAAGCGGCUCUGCUGAAGGCCCUGGAGACACCCGAGGAGAAGCGAGCACGGAGGUUGGCCAAGAAGGAGGCCAAGGAGAGAAAGAAGCGGGAAAAGAUGGGCUGGGGUGAGGAGUACAUGGGCUACACCAACACCGACAAUCCUUUCGGAGACAACAACCUGCUGGGCACAUUCAUCUGGAGCAAGGCACUGGAAAAGAAAGGGAUCAGCCAUCUGGAUGAGAAGGACCUGAAGGAGAGGAAUAAGCGAAUCCAGGAGGACAAUCGCCUGGAGCUGCAGAAGGUGAAGCAGCUGCGUCUGGAGCGGGAGCGGGAAAAAGCCAUGCGGGAGCAGGAGCUGGAGAUGCUGCAGCGGGAGAAAGAGGCAGAGCACUUCAAAACCUGGGAAGAGCAGGAGGACAACUUCCACCUGCAGCAGGCCAAGCUGCGGUCUAAGAUCCGGAUUCGGGAUGGGAGGGCGAAACCCAUUGAUCUUCUGGCCAAGUACAUCAGUGCAGAGGACGAUGACCUGGCUGUGGAGAUGCAUGAGCCCUACACCUUCCUAAAUGGCUUGACUGUCUCUGAUAUGGAGGACCUGGUGGAGGACAUCCAGGUGUACAUGGAGCUGGAGCAAGGGAAGAACGUGGACUUCUGGAGGGACAUGACCAUCAUCACGGAGGAUGAGAUAGCCAAGCUCCGCAAACUGGAGGCGUCUGGGAAAGGAGGACCAGGGGAGCGUCGGGAUGGUGUCAACGCCUCGGUCAGCUCAGAUGUGCAGUCUGUGUUCAAGGGGAAGACGUACAACCAGCUGCAAGCUCUGUACCAGGGCAUCGAGAGCAAGAUCCGGGCGGGAGGGCCCAACCUGGACAUCGGGUACUGGGAGAGCCUCCUGCAGCAGCUGAAGGCUUACAUGGCUCGGGCCAGGUUGCGGGAGCGGCACCAGGACGUGCUGCGUCAAAAGCUGUACAAGCUGAAGCAGGAGCAGGGUGUGGAGAGUGAACCGCUCUUCCCCAUCAUCAAGCGGGAGCCGGCUUCCCCCAGCGACAGGCUGGAUCCCGAGGACAACCUUGAGGCACAGCCAGGGCCAUCCUCAGAGCCAGAGGCAGAGCAGGACACAGAGACCAAGGGAGAGGCAGAGGGGGAGGCCGUGCUGAUGGAGGAGGAUCUGAUCCAGCAGAGCCUGGAUGAUUAUGAUGCGGGCAAGUACAGCCCCCGGCUGCUGGGCCCCAACGAGCUGCCCUUUGAUGCCCACGUGCUGGAGGCCGAGGAGGACAUGCACCGGCUGCUGCUCCUGCGCCAGCAGCUCCAGGUGACAGGCGAUGCGUCCGAGAGCACGGAUGACAUCUUCUUCCGAAAGGCCAAGGAGGGCAUGGGCGCAGACGAGGCGCAGUUCAGCGUGGAGAUGCCGCUCACGGGCAAGGCCUAUCUGUGGGCUGACAAGUACCGGCCACGCAAGCCCCGCUUCUUCAACCGCGUGCACACAGGCUUCGAGUGGAACAAGUACAACCAGACCCACUAUGACUUCGACAAUCCCCCCCCCAAGAUCGUGCAAGGCUAUAAGUUCAACAUCUUCUACCCCGACCUCAUUGACAAGCGAUCAACGCCCGAGUACUUCCUGGAGGCCUGCCAGGACAACAAGGACUUUGCCAUCCUGCGCUUCCAUGCUGGGCCACCCUAUGAGGACAUUGCCUUCAAGAUUGUCAACAGGGAGUGGGAGUAUUCCCACCGCCAUGGCUUCCGCUGCCAGUUUGCCAAUGGCAUCUUCCAGCUCUGGUUCCACUUCAAGCGUUACCGGUACCGCCGGUGAGGGGCUGCUCAGCACCCUCGGACACCUGGCAUGGGGUGGGCAGGGCACAGACACUGUUCCGUGCGUGGCUCCAAGGCCUGGCCCAGCACUGGGUAUGUUCCUGAUGCUUUCUCUGUCCUUGCAAUUAUCAUGAAGGACCCUGAGACUUUGGUAUAAAUAAAGUAAGGGUUGUUUUAGCCGUGAGA